GGCCUCACUAGACCAGACUAGCCUCACAGUUAAAGAGAUCCUUCUGCUUCUGCUUUCUGAGCUCUGAGAUUGAAGGCCCACCCUACACUUGGCAAACUUAGAUACAAAGAGGUACAGAAAGCAGUCAACACUGCCCAAGGAUUGUUUCAGAGAUGGACAGAGCUCCUUCAGGGCCCGUCCGCAGCAACCAGGGAGGAAAUCGACUGGACCACCAACGAGCUGAGGAACAACCUCCGCAGCAUAGAGUGGGAUCUGGAGGACCUUGAUGAGACCAUCAGCAUAGUUGAAGCAAAUCCUAGAAAAUUCAACCUGGAUGCAACUGAGUUGAGCAUAAGAAAAGCCUUCAUCACAAGUACUCGGCAAAUUGUCAGGGACAUGAAGGAUCAGAUGUCAGCUUCAUCUGUGCAGGCAUUGACUGAAAGGAAAAACAGACAGGCACUGCUAGGAGACAGCAGCAGCCAGAACUGGAAUACUGGAGUGACGGAUCGAUAUGGGCGCCUUGAUCGAGAGCUGCAGCUAGCCAACUCCCAUUUCAUUGAGGAGCAGCAGGCACAGCAGCAGUUGAUUGUGGAACAGCAGGAUGAGCAGUUGGAGCUGGUCUCUGGCAGCAUUGGGGUGCUGAAGAACAUGUCCCAGCGCAUCGGAGGGGAGCUGGAGGAACAGGCAGUCAUGCUGGAUGAUUUCUCUCAUGAGUUGGAGAGCACUCAGUCUCGACUGGACAAUGUGAUGAAGAAACUUGCAAAAGUGUCUCACAUGACCAGUGAUCGGCGCCAGUGGUGUGCCAUAGCCAUCCUCUUCGCAGUCCUGUUGGUCGUGCUGAUCCUCUUCCUGGUGCUGUGAUGUCGGCCCUCCUCAGGCCCUUCUGCACAUGGACUCGGGAGAGGAGAAGCAAGCACUCGGCCACUUACAUUCCUCUCCCAGAAACACGCCUCUGCCCUGCUUCCUCCGUGUGACUCCGCCACUGAGACAGCCCUCUCUCCCAGCGCUGGAAGGGCAAGGUCGGAAGAGGAAAGAGGUCACCACACUUCCAGCUGGAGAGCAGAAGCUCCAGCUGCCCAUUCUUUCUGGGACAGCUAGUCACUGCUUUGCCUUACUGGACCUCACUCCUUGAGGAAGACUCAGAGUCAUCAGAAGAAAGAAGAGCCCUACUUACUCUGUUGCUCAUUCUGAUGGCCUCUGGCAGCCCCUUCCCUCUGCUCAGAUCCUUUCCCUGCUUAGAUGGGCGCUGUUGUCCCUUCAAAAGAAACCUGGCAGGAAUGGGACAUUUGGAGAGGACGUUUCCCACUGCGUUGUAUUUCUUAGCCCCCCAGGAGCUGGCUGUUGAGGAUGACAGAAGGCUCAGAAACACUUCAUGACAAAAAUGCAGUGUUUCAUUUUGCUGGGUAAGAGCUGAGAUUAAAUUGCUUUUCCAGGUGUGUUUGUGGCAGGGCUAAGCAACAGGAAACAGUGAAAUCCCUGGGGGCUUGGGAGUGCUGAGGACAAAUGGCUUUAAUGGACUGGAGUGGUUGAGAGCAACAGCACCUGUGUUGGUCCAGCUUAAUGAAGGGCUGGUGAUGUCUCCAGAAGCCAGACCUGCUGACUGACUGACUGUCCCAGGGAGUUCUCCCUCAGAGGUGCAACUGCAUUCUUAGAGUGCCCCUCCACACAACAUUGAACAGCAUAGCAGCCUUCAGUUGGGUGGAACACACCUCCUCUGGUGCCUUUAUUCCCAUGGCACUCCGAGUGAGGUGGAGGGUCAGACAUUUAUUACAUUUAUGCAGAAGCUGUCCUGACACAAACAGGCUGGUUCUGGAUCGGAUGUCCCUUACUCUGUGAGUAAUAGCUCGGGUGGUAUGAGAACUUGAUUCUUGGUUCUCUGAGGAGAUGACACUUGACUCCAUCAUGCAUUUGAAUAUCUGAGCCGUCCAGAUCUACUGACAGAUGGUCUGUUGGGCUGAAGUAGCUGAGAGCUGCUGACACUAAAUUCAGGCUUUGGGUGACUUUUAGAUGCUUCGAUGUGCUCAUAUCCAGAGGAUUUUUUAUAAUGUCCCUGAUGCAUAACCUGCUAUUAAAGUAGCUGUCAGGCCCAGAGCCGGCUCUUCACAAAGGAGGCUGCUGCUGCUCGGCUCUGUUGUUUUCUAUGCUGGGAAGAGAAGCAGCUGGACAGAGUUUGACCUUUGACCUCUCUUGCUUUGCCUUUCUGUGCAUUCCUUAGCAUGCCAACUUAAAAAAAAAAAAUCCUGGGUUGUUCAUAUUUCUUGGGAUUUUGAUUUAGGAUCCCUUAUUUGUUUUGUUUCUCAAUGAUGUGCUUGCCCAGCUAACUUUUAAAUUGCACUUUUAAAUAAAUAUUUGUAACAGUUUUUAAAAGAAGGAUAUUUUAUCUCAUUUAGGAUCACGAUAAGUAAGGAAAUCUACCUGUUGGUAAAAGCUAAAAGAAGAUUUGUAAAACCAAAAGGGUCGUCGUCGUCGGCACCACGUUUACAUUCAGCUCUGGUGUUUAAUAUAGAGAUGUUAUUUCUUUUCAGAUUAGAGAAAAAUGUGAAUAUUACAAAGGGCUUCAAUGUAGGGUCUGUGUUAUUUAUGUUUCACGGAAUUUUAAGGUUUUGAAUAGUCUUCUGUGAACUUAGGCCAUGGAUAGUCCUUAGAUUUGCAUUAAAAUAUAGAAGCCUUUUGUUAAAAGUCAAUGUGGGCCUUGUCUGAGUACUGUAACCCACACUCCACAUUACACAGCCGUGAGCGGUCAAAGAAUUAAAAUUACCCUAGUUAAAGCCAUGUUCUUCUGCUGUUAGAAGAGUGUCAGUCUGACCCCUUCAGAAAUGCCCACUACUUUAGUAAGAUCAGUUUAGGGAGGAAAUUUGUGACCCUGGGCUUAAUUGUGUUGCAUCUGUUUUUGAACUGGUAUUUUGACCUCACUGAUUUACUUGUUGAACAGUGUUGUAGACCUGAAACAGGCUGGAGCUGUGUGUGGAGUGUGUUGAGAGAAAGUCAACUUCAUUUGCAGGUGUUCCCUCCCUAGGCCACAUCUUCCUCAGCACCUGGCUUAGCCCAGGCUCAGUAGCUGGCUUAGUCCAGGCUCAGCAGCUGGCUUAGCCCAGACCCCACCUUUUGUGCCUGGGCAGCCACUGCAGAGCCAAUGCUCCUUUGCUAUUGUGGCAAAGAGAACAAGGACAUGACUUUCUUCCUUAGUGACCCAGAGAACUGAAGGGUUUCUUCCACCAUGUGUCCUAGAACAGGAAAGGGGCAGCAGGGUGCCCCCCCACACACACACACUGCUCAACGGUGUCUCUUGCAGAUCCCUGCCCCCUCCAGCCUUCUGCACUUGGUCUCCCAUCCGUAUGUUUAAAGAACUGGCAGAACAUGCUGGAUAACAGAAAGCUCAGCGUGUUUACUGAAGAACACUUUACUUAACUGCUUGGGGGUGAGAUGGAGGAUGAUCCAUUGAGAGCAUUUGGCAGAGUGCAGAUCCAACUGGAAAACCAAAUUGCCUUUAGACUUCAGCCACAUUUUGGGUCUUGUCUUUGUUUGGGCUGGGAAAUCCCAAUGCCAUGCAUGCUCUGGACAGUGAGGCAAAGGGAAUUGUCGUGUAUGCCUGAGCUCUCGCCUUGUAUUUUCUUCAGUUUCAAAAUUCAAGCUAGAGCUGAAGCAGGGAAAUUUGGUAACUUGCCCAUUAUUCUCUGCUUUUAGCCAGAGUUAAACAGACUGAUGGGUCUGCUAGCCAACAACUUGGCAACUCCCAUGCCUUCUCACCUCGUGCAAGUAAGGGCUGUGAAGAGAAAUCCAGUCCGACUCCAGCAGGAGUCUGUCUCUGUUAGUGUUGUACCUUCUGUAAGGAAAGGUGCUGCAGCCAAGGCUUUCCUGUUGGUAAUUUCUCUGCCCACAAAGUGAGACCAGAGGGGCAUUCACAGUAUCUGCACAGCCCAACCUCAAGGGAGGAAGGAGUUCACCUCUGUGGACGAGGUUCAGUUCGGCUUCACCUUAUGCCACAUAAUGAAUUUGUUAACAAAGCAGAAAAGAAGGAUCUGGAAAGCAAGUUUCCCCUCUGCCUUUCUCUCACUGCAUAGCCUUCCCACCCAAAUGUGUAGGAAUGACGGGUGUUUGUUUAUUUUUAAAAAGUGUCCAUCAAAAGUAGAGAGAAGGCAAAAUCAGAAUCCCCAAAUGUAUCAGCUCUGCAUCACUGUGCCCGCCUCCCACAGUCAGUUCCUAAAGGGAAGACUCCCCAGCAAGAGGCCUUACUAGGCCUCUGGAGACUCAGCCACAGGAUCCUCCCUGGACUUUUGAUUCCCAGAGGGCCUGGUAAGACAGCAGGUGGUCCAUCUGAAAUGUCCAGCUGCCUGUACUCAACUCCCAACCUUGAGAAACCAUGCUAACCCUGAAAAUGGUCUCACUCUUGAGAGUGCAGCAAUGGGGACUGGUGAGAUGGGAAAGGCACCUGCUGCCAAGCCAGGCGACCUGGCUUUGAUCCCCAGCUCCCACAGGUGUCCUCUGACCUCUACAUUCAUGCUGUAUUGUGGGUGCGUGCACAUGCACGGAUAAAUAAGUAUAUAAACGCACAUUUUUUAAAAGAAAAAAAAAAAGGAUGACAUUGGUCUGUUGUAUAUAAACAUGGAUGCCACUGUCACCCAUUUUACUAAAGCUUACCGGGCACUUUGCUGUCUGGUUUUAAAUCCAGAAAAGUGUGAGUUUGGAGUUUGCUCCUGGGACCUGAGCAGCAGGGCUGUGACCCAGGCCAGGAAUGAAGCUGUGAAAGAGCUGCCUCUCAUCACUGUCAGUGACUCAGUGAGACCAGAGGCAGAGCGCCACCAGGAGGUGAAUAGCCACUGCGAGCAGUGCGUAGUCAUUGGGAGCCAUAUGCUUUUAGGACAAGUCAAGACACUUGAAGCUAGCCUUGGUAUUCAACUCCUCACCAUGGUGUGCUUGCCUUGGGACAAACAGUGGAGCUCUGAGAGUUGCAUGGUGCCUGUUGGGGGGUGGGAGGGCUGCUGACUGGCUGCAUUUGCAGGUUCUCCAUAUGUUACAGCCUGUCAAGUCAGCUGUCAGGGCAGGGUGAGAAAGGAAGAAAAAAGCUCAUGUGUGUGUGUGUGUGUGUGUGUGUGUGUGUGUGUGUGUGUGUGUGCGCACACACACUCUCAUCCCUGCUGCCAGCUAACAUGUUGGUGCUAUUUUUCUUCUGACCUUAAUCCAGAAAUACUCUUCCCCUGGCUGUGCGUACUAGCUGCUCAGGCAGCGCCUGCCCCACUGCUGGGGUUUCACAUGAACAUUUCAUGGACCUGGUUUGCCAGCUGCAGCCAGAGCUUUAUGAGAAAGUGUAUUUUACAGUUUGCUUUCUUAUGGUUAUGAAUUACCUACCGGAAGGCCACUUGGUCCCCGGGGCUGUUAGAAAUAAGACCACCCAGCUUCACUGUUUGCUGACCAGAUAUCUGGGCCCUUCCCCCUUGCCUUGAUGGAAGCCCAACCCCCUGUUCCAUCUGAGCUUUCAUGAGCCCUGGGGUGGGACCAAGAUCAGGCUUUUCAUUCCACCUCAGAGGAAUGUAGAUUCAGCUGGAAUCAAUUUGUGAACAGCAAGUGCGACCCUGAAGCCGAGGUCUGUCCUGGGAGAGGCAGGUGUCUUUAUUCCCAGGGAAAGCAGGGUACCUGUACCCUGGUUGUCUGGGGUGAGAGCAGCCAGCUGCCCACUGAUGAGGUUUGGAAGUCCAUUUUUAUUUUGUUGUGCUCUUUUUGGGUUUUGCUGUUGGCAUGGCUCAGGAUUGAACCCAGGACCUUGCACAUGUAGCUCACUGAGUACCACCGUGUCACACCCCAGCUUUGGCAGUGUUUUCAGCUCCCACUGACUUUUUUCUUAAUUGGCCCAGGCUGCGGUUAGCCCACAACAUGCUAGCAGAUAUGAGGGCCAUCUAGGAAAAGGUCAAAGGAACCAUGCUGUAGAUGAGGUAGAUUUGAGUUUUUUGGAAGUAGCUUCCCUGGCUCAUUUUAAUUAGAGAUUGGUACAAUUGGUAUAAUGUAAGUGACAAAAUAGUAGGGAAUAAACCCUCAUAUAUUUUUCCAAGGAUGAAUAGCUUUACUGGGUUUUACUUUUAAAUAAUAGGAUACACACAGUGCCAUGGGAUCAGGGUCAGAACUUUACCUGGUGACUUCCAGGUCAUGCUUGGCCACAGCAUGGUCGGAGUGAGCCGAUCCCUGGGACAAGAGUUGUGUCACCUCUGCCACAGGUAGAUUUAUAUGGUGGCUCUCCCAGGUUAAGAAGCUUGUUACAGCCAGGUGGUGGUGGCACACAUCUUUAAUUCCAGCACUUGGGAGGCAGAGGCAGGUGGAUCUCUGUGAGUCCAAGGCCAUCCUGGUCUACAGAGUGAGUUCCAGGACAGGCAGAGCUAUAUAGUGAGGCCCUGUCUUGAAAAACAAAGAAGCAGCUCAUUAAAGAUGCAUUUUCUGUGGAAUCAUUAAGUCUGGAGAUGAGGCCAGCUGCUCCCCCUCCCCAACCCCAGGUUCCAGUGCAUGCCAUUCAGGACCACUGAUGCUGCAUUGUGGACCUCCAUCUACAGGGAAACAAACAUUCCUCAGUGUCAUCCCUGCUUUGAUAAUCCUUUGGUAAUCCUAAAAUUUGAUGACAUCACACACUUGAAAACAUCUAAAGCAUACUUGUGUAAGAUAAUAGCCAUCCAUAACAGUGAUGUUCUUAUUCCUUAAAGUCUAUUGCUCACAUUUCCUACUGCUGCUCUUGAAGUUGUGCUGCAGCCAUGUAAAAGAAUUCUGUUCUGUAUUAAAGCGACAUGAAGAGACAA